CUGCGUGUUGGCCAGUGAAAAGCUUUCAGGUCCACUCUGCAUGCUGAUCCAUGCAGCAGCAGCAGCAGCAGCAGUGAAGAAGGAGGACAGGACAGGACAGAUAUUCAACUUCUACAGUGUAUCUAUUAGCUCUAUUUUGUCAGCUGUAAGCAUGGUGGUGUGAGAGUGUGUAUGUCAGUCAUUUUUGUGUGUGUUAGCUUUACCUGUUUUCAGACUCCAGAGACUGUAUUAAAAAAACAAGUGGAAAAGAUGAUUGAGCUGGGCCUCGCUGACGGAAGCCUGAUCGACGAGCUCAUGGAGCUGACGGCACAGAGCCUCGGUAACCUAGAGAUCCAAGAGCACUUCAACAUCAUCAAGGAGAUUGGCCGAGGGAAAUACGGCAAAGUGCUACUGGUUACACAUCGCUUCAGGGGGACUCCCAUGGCCUUGAAAGUGAUGCCCAAAGCCUCGACUAAGCUGCAGGGCUUUCUGCGGGAGUACUGCAUCUCCUUACACCUGUCCUGUCACCCCUGCAUCGUGGGCCUCUUUGGCAUUGCCUUCCAGUCAAAUGAGCACUACUGCUUCGCCCAGGAGCUUGUCAUUGGGAGGGACCUGUUUGCUGUCAUCCAGCCAAAGGUGGGUAUCCCAGAAUCUUCAGUAAAACGUUGUGCCCUCCAGAUUGCCAGUGCUUUGGAGUUUAUCCACAGCCAUGGUCUGGUCCACCGUGAUGUGAAACCUGAAAACAUCCUCCUGUUGGACAAUCACUGCUGCCAAGUCAAGCUGGCAGACUUCGGCCUGGCCCAGAAAAGAGGUACUCUGAUACGCUUCAUCACAGGAACCUUGCCCUACAUGGCUCCGGAGCUUUGUACCGUGGCCUUAGUGGAGGGCCAGAAAGAAGUGACAGCUCCUCCACUUAGUGUGGAACCAAGCCUGGACACCUGGGCCUUCGGGGUGGUUAUCUUCUGCAUCCUUACAGGCUACUUCCCCUGGGAGUGCUGCAUGGACUCGGACGACUUUUACCAGGAGUUUGCAGACUGGUGCAGAAUAGAGGAGAGGCAUAACACUGAGGAAGACAUUCCUCCUUUGUGGAAAAGGUUCACUCCAGAAGCCAUGGAGAUGUUUGGUAAGCUCCUGGCUCUGGAUGCAGGGAAGAGGUGUACAGUGGGGGAAGUGAGAGCAUAUGUGGACAAGAACUGGCUUAAGAAGGGACAUGGGAUCGGGCAGCAGCAGACAGCAGAAAAAGAGAAAGCCAGUGCCUCUGGGAAUAAUCCUGGGUAUGGCGAGGUGCAGGAACAGCCUAAAACUUAGUAACAGACUGCACUUUUAUACAGCUUCUAUUUGCUUUGACAACAUGUAAAACAUACAAUAUAGACAUUAAAUCAUAGGAGCCACGUACCAAGCAUGUGAUGACACAUAUGGUGUUUACAUCAUGCAGCGGGGUGAUACAAUAUUUUUCUGUCCUAGAGUCAGUUUAAAAGACAGCAGGAGGAAAAAUGCGCAAAACUGCGUAUCCAUAUCAUAAGAAAAAUGAUUGGAUGAUGAAACAACUUACAUAUUGAUGUUCAAAAUGCGUAUUAUAUAUGAUAUUACUGGAUAGAUUAUAUUGAUGCUAACUAUAACUUGGACCUUAAGGUAGGGCCUGCUUUAUUACCUAAUCUCUGUGGCUCUGUGCCUUGUUUAGGGGUCCCUGCAAUGGAUUGGAUAUCUCAAUUGAUAAU